GCCGCCCAGCAGGUGCAACGGUGGGGCCGAGGCUCAGUACGGAAAAGGCGGGAAAAUUUGUGCGCAACCUGAGCAUUUAUCGACUGCUGAGUGGCCCCCCUGCCAGGGCUAGGGCAGAGCAGGAUGGAAAAUGAAAGGGCACUCUUCACAUUCGAUGACAAUUGAUAAUCAUGGGAGGAGGUUACGUAUCGAAUGUUUUCAUUGGCGAAGGGUCCUUGCAUUGAGUAAACUAUGUACAUUCACGUUGCGCAGCGCGCAUUUCUGUGUGGGCGCGGGGACAGCAGAAAUUCGGAUUUCUGCAGCAGAACUCCAGUGAAGCUACCAGUAGGACACAUUCGAUGUCAUCCCCAUGCAGAUCAGCCCCGAGGGUGCCCUGCUCUAGAGCACACCUGUGCAGACCCGCGCUGGCGGUCCCGGUGCUUCCCUCUCCGAACUGCCUGUUCAUAGAUGGGUCAGGAGGGUCAAUUACGCCGAGGGCGGUGGGCACGGGGGGCAGACUCAGACUUCAGAGCUAGGGUGGGGAUGCCCCCCCACCCGCCAGGAGUUGAGGACACCCACAGCCGGGAUUCCGGGAGGUGGAAGAGAACUCAGGAAGGUGAGGAGAGAUGAGAUGCACCGGAAAUCUCAGAACGGAAAGAUGCCCACAAACAGGUACCCAGAGGCAGGGCCAAAGCUCACCUGGGCAGGUGCAAGAGUGAGCUCGCUGCCUUAUCGAUGGUGUGCAGAUGGGCCGCCGUCUGCAGGUCGCCUCCGUGUGCACGGACAGUAGAUGGAUGGGUGGGCACACAUACCCGGAAUGACAAGAUGCACUGGGUUCAGUGUGGACUCUGGUGGUGGGUAGAUGGGUGCUCACCGUAGUCCUUCACCUUUUGUUUGAAAUGUCUCAUUAAAGAAUACGGGCGGGAAAAAAAGAUAUGUAACUGCAACCAGUUAGGACCAGUGCCUAUCUCCACUGCUUCCCUGAGCCUCGCCACAUUUCUCCCAGGAUGUGCACUUAAUACAAACGUGUGAAUUCUUCUAGAUUUUUGUUUUGAGCCGGUAUUCGUUUUUUUUAAACGUCUACUUGGUUGUGACUUAUUUUUCAUUCCAGAUGUGUAUUUCUGUUCCCAUUUUGUCAGCCUCCGAGGCCGUAGGUACCCAGUGGCGGGAGGGCGUCCGCGCAGGGGUAGCUGGGGCUCCUGCAGCUCCGUCUCUGCGCCCGGCGCUGCGGGGACGACCACGUGACCUUGCCGCCAUCUUUUUUUCUGGCGGACACUGCGGGCGGCGGCUUCCCCGCUCCAUUGCGCAGGCGCAUGCGAGGCGCGCGGGCGACAGUCUCCGGCCCUUUCUUCCCAGGCCCGGCCACCACAUGGCCCGCGUGCUCGUGGCGAAGAUGCUGGCGUGCGCCCUGAGCCCGCUGCUCCGGGGGAGCCCCGGGCCGGCGAAGCCCCGCGCGCUCUCCACUCUCCUGGCGGGACCUCUUCGCACCGCGGGGCCCGCGGGACCCUGGCCCCUGCCCGGCCGCCUCCUGCCCGGCCUGCAGCUUGCCCUGGGCUUCAAGACCAAGGGCGUCAUCAAGGAGCGCUGUCGGGACUGCUACCGGGUGAAGAGGCGCGGGCGCUGGUUCAUCUACUGCAAAACGAACCCAAAACACAAACAGAGACAGAUGUAGGUCUCCGCCGUAAAAUAAUGUGCAAGACUGUGUCCCUAUCUUGAGGAACGGUACUACCUCGUGGAAAGGAAAAUAAAAGCGAAGCAGUGCCUAAUCUAA